UGCCGGGCUGUGGGUGAGUGUUUGCCCGUGACCAGACUGAAGCUGGGGAAGCUAAAGGUGGUGCGGCGGCAGCUGCUGCAAAGGUAUGAGCACCAGCCAUUUGUCUCCUGCUUGGCCGGCCUCUACGGUUGCCAAUGGAGACGAUACCAAAGAGCCCGGGCGCAGCCAGGAGAGUGCUGCUGCAGCAAGGUGGAGUGUGGCAGUUUUGGCCUCCUGAUCCUCACCUUCUUCCUGAGUUUUUUAUUCCUCUACUUCUGGAGUGAAGCUCAGAACGACUACGACGACUUUGACUGGUUUAACUUUGGGACUCUGGGGUUCUGGUUUCCCUGGUCUCUGGUCCUGCUGGUUGUUGCUGCUUCUCUCUUCACAUACAUCGCCCUUCUCUUGGUGCUGGCAGUGUGUCUGCUUUCUGAAGGUCAGAGGCUGUACCUUCACUGGAGCCACAAGACUGGCAUCGUGGUGACUUUGGCGUUCUCCGUCACAGCCACCGCCAUUCUUUCUGAUCUCUGGAGCAAAGAAUGGAAGACUCUCCUUCUCUCCCUGCAGGUGACAGCACCUUUCCUCCAUGUGGCUGCAGUCGCACUUAUGGCGAUUCUCUCUUGGCCAAUAGCGUUGCACUUCUUCCGCAUGAACAAAAAAGUGCGUCAGGUGGCUGUCCUGGGUCUCUACCUGUCCGUGCUGUUCUUUCUCUACCUGGUCCCUCUGGGAAUGUACUCACCCUGCAUUAAAGAGGCAGGAACGCUGGGACCUGCUCCAACACUCAUCGGACAUAGAGGAGCUCCGAUGCUGGCUCCAGAGAAUACUGUGAUGUCAUUCGAGAAGGCCGUGGAAGCAGGAGGAGAAGGACUGGAGACUGACGUCACCAUCAGUUAUGAUGGCGUUCCCUUCCUGAUGCAUGACUCCACCCUGAGGAGAACCACUAACGUUGCAGAGCUUUUCCCAAAUCGGACACACCUGGAUGCCUCCAUGUUCACCUGGGCCGAGCUACAGCUGCUGAAUGCUGGCAACUGGUUCUUAUCGAGGGAUCCGUUUGGUACUGUGUCGACCCUGUCUGAGGCCGACUGCUUCCAGGCCCAGAACCAGUCUAUUCCCUCACUGGCCCAGUUCCUGGAGUUAGCAGCCCGUAGCGGCAGACUGGUGCUGUUUGACCUGCGCAGGCCACCGUAUGGACAUCCCUACAGUCAGACAUACAUCAACACCACUCUGCAGGUGGUGCAGGCCCACAUCAACUCCUCACAGGUGCUGUGGCUGCCAUCUGAGGACAGGGAGCUGGUCCAGGCUGUGGACCCAAAGCUGCAACAGACAUCUGGAGAAAAGGCUUCUAUUCAGGAACUGACAGACAGCCACAUUACCAGACUGAACCUGCACUACAGCACCAUGUCACAACAGCAGAUCAGUAAGUACCAGUCAGAGAACAUCAGUACUAACCUGUAUGUGAUCAGCCAGCCGUGGCUCUACACUCUGGCCUGGUGUGCUGGAGCUCAGUCCGUAACCACCAACUCCAUCCACAUCCUGUCCAACAUCAACAAGCCGCUUUUCCUCAUGACUCCAGAGGAAUAUAGUUUGAUGUGGAUUCUGACUGAUGCUGUGUCUGCCUUCCUCAUCAUUGCAGUAUUCAUAUUCCAUUGGUGGAGAGAGCGAGGCCUACCCUUCUGGUCCGGCAGCCGUCAGACUCACGAAAAUGGACCGUACAGCAAGUUCAGGACAGAGCUGAGUGAUGUGUGGUCAAUCUCCAGCGUCAACGUCCGACCUGACCUACGGAGCACGCCCAGUUCACCCAGUACCCCUCACCUGCCCACCAUCACGGAGGAGUGACGGGGGAGAGACAGAGAGCAGAGAGAGAGAGAGAGAAAGUACUUUGGUUUCAAAUCAAGUAGUUCUCAACAAUCAAAUGUGACCAUUCUUACUGCCACAUGCAGUAAACAAACAAUACAGUGACAGUUUGCAGAAAUCAUGUGAAAUAGAAAAUUGUGUAUCCGUGUAGGACGCCAUCACAUCACAGGCUGAUUGAAAAUAUGUUUUUAGGAUGGCAAAUAAUAUUUCAAAACAACAGAAGAAAAGUGAGCAGAUUUCUGUAACCACAGACAGACAGCAGAAACAUGUUGAGGUAACAUACGAGACCGCAGACUCUCUUGUCUUUCUCCACUUCCUGUCUCAUCCUCUCAGUCUGCGGGCCGACUGCCUGCAGGAGCCAAACUGCUGACCCAGACCUCAUCCACUGAUGUGCCAUCAGGACCGGAGCAGAGAGACUCUGGACACGAGCCCAGGAGCAUCAGUGUUCAUUUCCAUACUGUAAUCUCAUACAUGCCAUUAAAAUGCCUGGGCACUGAGGACAGUUAGACACUAGCCCAGAGCUAGCUGACAUGCUUGAGAACAUCGCUCAUCAUUCAACACCACCAGCUGAGCUCCACAACGCAAGACAUUAAAGAAACUAAACAAGAAAACAAAGAAUAUUUACUGCUGUAAUCAUACAGCCUGCUUCACUCUUUCCGUCUCGUGUUUCUAGUUGAUAAAAACCAAAUGUCUGUCAAAGGAAGAACAGCAGAGUGAACCGUGAAACUUCAGAGCAGGAGAUGAUGGACGAUGAUGAAUCUGGACUUCUGCAGGAGCUAUACUUUUUCAUUUUCAGCUGUACAGAUAUCAGGUGCAUUAGACCAAACCUUAAACCAUGUCUUAAGAUUUUAAUCUCUGUGUGUGUCUGUGAGUUGUUGGACUGACAGAAUGAAUGUAAACCUGAGGUUUGAGGGUAGAUGUUAGUUACUAUUUUUGUUUUGUACUAAAGUGAAUGUAUUAUCAAGUGAGGCCAUGUUUCUCAAAAGCAUAUGAGGAACGCUCUGGCUGGGAGUUUUGGCUCGUCAGUUUGGCUGCACAUUUGUGCCAAAUGUAGAAUCAGCUGCUCUAAAUAAAGACGAAGAUGCUUUUGAGAAACCAGACCAUGUGCUCUUUUUAUGAGGCAGUUAAUAUGCUUUCUUCUCAAAUGUACACACAGAGUAUUUUCUGGAAGAAUGACCAUAUAGUCCAUCUGUGCAAUGUUGUCCCAACUUCAACUGAUUUUGGAUCUGGGAUCCAGAGUGUCUUGUCUCAGUUUUCAGGUGUGAUGUUAGGGGCCUUGUUCUUCUGAGGGUUUUUUUGCCCCUUUGCUUGAUGUUGGAGACGAAGCAGGAUGUUCUGCAGUAAGUGCCAUUUAAAAAACAAACCAACAAAAAAACUAUGGCUUUGUUUUCAUCCUUUAGAAUCCUUUUAUCCAUCCUGCACAGUAAAUGUACUGGAAUUAUUGCAUCGGAAAAAAAACAUUAUAUUAUAUUUUCUGGCAAAUCUCCCUGGAUGUGGGUUUCUAUUGCCAGAAAUUGAUGUAACAUGGUUCACAUUGGGCUCUGUUAAAUUUAACCUGCAGACACAAUUUUACCCAACUUGCCUUUCAUUGAGCAUUUAAUCUCCCAUUCUGGCUCAUUCUUGGAUAAUGUUGAACAUAUUAAGUUAAGAGCUUGUUUGGAUUUUGGCUGUUGGUCUUUGUGUGUCCUGUACCACCGUUCAGUCGGCUGUCGUCCAUCGGACUGAGGUGGUGCUGAAGCGCGUUUGAAGGCAGAUGAAUGUUAGGCGGCAACACAAGACCUCGUGGUUGCUGAUUGAGAUUGUGGUCACUGCAUUUCACAGUUGAGUCAUCACAGUGCAGAGUCACAUGACUGUCUUAAGACUGCAAGUGCAACAAAGCAACUUAAUGUACUGUAUUGUAUUGUAAUAUGAAUAAGUGGUUAGCACUUAGUUUAAGUGUAUUUGUGUUCCUGUUGAGAAUAUAGUAGCUGAUCUGUUGGGUAGGCUAAGCUACAGUUAUUGAUCACUGCACAGCCAUAUUUAUUCUAUUGAAUAUGUUUAUCACUAUAAGACCGUUCAUUUUAGGUGAGUGAGUCCGUUAACAGAAGUACAUUGAAUUUCCUUUGGAAGUGCAUUACAUUUCAAAGCUUGCAUGUGCUGGAUUUAUCCACCUUUUGUUUUAUGGAUGCUUUCUCAAAGAUACCGCCACCCCACACAAAAUCUACCUUAUUAAUGUCAAACUGUCUGUAAAGAGACUUCCAGUGGUGGAAACAAUAUUCAAACAUCCAUGGAAACUUUGGGGUUUCCUAAAACACAGUCAGGUUAAAUAGCAGCAGUCUCAAGGUCAAGAACAAACAAUCUGCUGCGAAACUUUCAGCAGAGCCGCACACCAGGUGAUUCUUUUCUCUCUUUGACCUCUGGACUGCUGCCCUGUUUUCCUGACUUCAGUUUUGGGAAAUACAGACUGUUUUUUAAGACAGGCUUAACUUUUGCACAGACCUUUGUUGGUACCUUCAACCCAACUAAGCAAGAAACCUCUUUUUGCGAACUCAUCAGAUAUCCUGAAAACAGAGGUUUAACCUCAGGCUCUGUUUUUGCUUUUAAAUCUUUAUAUUUAGGACAAACAUCCAGUUAAGUUAUGGCCCUUGCAUGCUGCUCUGCACGCAGAAAUCUCCAAAGAUGUUUGGAGAUACUCAGAGGAAAUGGAUGUUACGAACAUCAAACAUGCGUUUUGUUUGGCCCACAGACUUCUCAGUGUUCAAACUCAGCCACCUUCACUGAGAUUUUCUUGGCUUUAUUAUUAUUAUGAUCUCAUUCUCAUUUUCUAAUCCAGUCCAUCAGUACAACAUACCUGCUUUGCUGUCUUGAUGCAAGAAUAGAUAUAAUUAUUUAUUUUUACAUGCCCAUGUAAUGGAAUUAUUAAAUGAGCUCUCCUUUGUCAAAGCUGUCGGUCCUGACUGGAAGCUGUGGUACUGUUGGCUGUUGUCAAGCUCGUCUUUUUUUUGUCUAAAUGUGA